AUGUCCGCUUUCCAGACACACCCAUCCGCCUUUCAUCUACCAAGGUACUCGGCACCAGACGUCUCUAUCUCUCCACCCGACGCAAACAUCGAUGCGGCUUUUGCCAUUCGCGCGCAGAGCCAAGGCUUUCAGCACUACGGUCGUUUAGAAAUUGAAGACCUCACUCGGCUUUUCAAAGCCUUGUUAGAGAGGCGAGGAGAUGACUCUGUCAAAGCAAGAGCAUUAGUCACCCUAUUCGGCAGCCAACCCGUCGACGGAUGGGAGCAGAGCUUUAGCACUGCCUUCAUUGGUGCAUCGGACGACACGGUCAGGAAAAUAUGCCGAAUGCUGAAAGAUGAUGGUGGUCUGCGUGACGCGCAUGCUCGCGUACAAGAAGUCUUGUCGGCGCAGGCAAGGCUACAAGUGCCGACGAUCGAUCUGUCACCAUGA